AUGGAGGAAGCACUGUUAAUGUCGUCGUCUCUAUUUCCUUACUUCAUGCUGGUGGCGUUUGAAGCAGGAAGCCUCAUACGAGCUCUAGCUCUUUUUCUUUCCUAUCCAUUUGUUUGUCUAUUUAGCAAGGAAAUUGGGAUCAAGAUUAUGGUUUUGAUAUGUUUCUGUGGGAUAAAGAAAGCAAAUUAUCGGCUCGGAAAAUCUGUUCUGCCUAAGUUCUUUCUUGAAGAUGUUGGUUAUGAAGGCUUCCAAGUUGUGAUGAAGUACAAGAAAAAGGUAGCAGUGAGUGAUAUGCCUAAUGUGAUGGUUGAAGGAUUUUUAAGGGAUUGUUUUGAUGUAAAUGCUGUUGUUGGAAGAGAUAUGAAGGUGGUUUUCGGGUAUUUUGUGGGCUUAAUGGAGGUAAAGAGAGACAUAAAUAUUGUUAUGAAUGAGAUAAUUGGACAGGAAAAUGUGAAUCCUCUUCUAAUUGGUUUUGGUUCUGCUAACAAGUCUCUCAAUCAGCAAACCUUUUCUCAUUGCAAGGAGGUCUAUUUGGUAAAUUCAGCAGAGAAGACGAGCUGGCGAAUACUUCCACGGGAAAAUUAUCCGAAGCCAUUAAUUUUCCACGAUGGAAGAUUGGCCUUUAGGCCGACGUAUUCUGCUACAUUGUCUAUAACGCUUCUAGAUCCAAUCUACAUUUCAUUGGCACUCAUGAAACCAGUCAUUGCUGUUACGUACAGUAUAAGCAGAAUAUCGGAGCUUCUCUCACCGUUAAAAAGCAUUCGACUAACUAGAGAUCGGGAAAAGGACUUAAAGAUGAUGGAGGAAAUUCUUUCCCAUGGGAAUAUUGUAGUUUGCCCAGAGGGAACCACUUGCAGGGAGCCAUAUUUGCUGAGGUUUAGCCCUUUGUUCGCUGAAUUGAGCGACGAUAUAGUUCCAGUUGCCCUCGACUCAAAAGUGGGCAUGUUUUAUGGAACAACUGCAAGUGGAUACAAAACUUUAGAUCCUCUAUUCUUUCUCUUGAAUCCUCGUACGAUUUACACUGUCAAUUUUCUCGAGAAGUUACCAAAAUCCCACGCGUGUACCAGUGGUGAAUUAUCGAAGUUUGAAGUGGCCAAUUAUGUGCAGAAUGAGAUAGCAAAAGCCUUGGGAUUUGAAUGCACAAACCUUACAAGGAAAGAGAAGUACAUGCUUUUAGCAGCAUUUAUAGAGGUACGAAAAGUUGGAUUUUUAGGAUUUGAAAAUCAUACGAAUUCGAAGAAAGAUGACAGAUUCUCCCCUAUGUUGUUGUAUGCUUUGCAAGUAGUUGAGAAUUUGAGUACUGACUUACAUCAUCAGACAAUAUCAUUUAACACUAACAUUACAAGAAUCAGCAUGUACUACCUGAUUUUGUCCAGUUCUUUGAUUUCCUUGUCAUGCAUUCGUGCUCCUAAAGUGUCAUUCACGAGCAAUUUCAUCGAGCUAAAGUUGCCCGAUCUGAUGGAAUUAUGA